GAAUGAUGAAACAGUGCAAUUUUUUGUCUGCUUCCAAAACUGUGUGUGACCUCACUCUAAGAGAAUGGAGUGGUUCAGAUCGAAGAUGAUCGAGCCUGUCCUCAUCUCGAAUGUUCUUUGGCCACUGGUAUUUCGAGACUCAGCAUCACCAUCUUUCUUCAUGUCAAGUAUCUUUUAAUGUAUAAUACAAGGCAACAUUUUGAUUCCUAAGAGAUGCAAUGUAAUUUAACUCAGAAAUUCGUGGGCUAAUGAGUCACGUAGUGGCGUCUGAAUAUAUUGAUGACGUACUUGUUUUUUCCGUUUUGCUCGUUAUAAAAGACUGUCAUCUACGGCUAACAUGCCGUAUUUCCUGAGUUAUCAACUUAUUGUUAGGAAGCAUUUUGUCGACGAAAUUAUUCGCCUAUCGACAUUGAUGUGAAGAAAUAUACAAGCUAAGCCGUAUACAAACGGUAGGGUAGCCAUUGCUCAUCCUCGAAUUUUGCAGUUGCUUAGUCAACAUACGAAUAACUCUGGCAGACUUUUAGCAAAGUUCGACUAAGCAUACGUGCUUAUUUCUUUUCACAGGGCAACAAAAGAAGCGAAAAUAACAAUGGUGGCAUGAAGCCUAUGACGAGCGCCAUAAAGGUGAAUAUUUCCAAAUACUCUGUUCCCUGCAGUUCGUACGCACAUCAGUAUUCCUGUAACCUUUUUCGCACUCUUUAUCCAGUUUAGAUUUCUUGAAGAAGUUUAGAACACAUAGCAUAUGGACUUCAUAAUGUCAUUGAUCGAUUCAGUUUGUAAACAGUCAACGAAGAUUCGAAGUUUUUGUUUUACAUCAGUCACUGCCGAUUACGUACACAACAGUUUGACUGGUUACCUCGGUGGCAAGAUUGGCUAAAAGAGAUCAUAUUUAGAUUAAAUUUUUUCGAUCAAAAUUUUCGACUCGAGACAAAUUGCCGAAUGCAACCGUACUUAUUUGGGUAUUAUGUCGCAGUUUCUUAAAUUUUUUUUAUCAAAAUUUUUUUACUUCUCUUUAAUUUCAGCUGAUCUUGGUGAUAGUCUUGUGGUCACAAUCUGUGUUAGGACGUUCCACAAGAUGUCCUUUGAUGGAAAACUUCCUGAAAUACUACCCGGAUGAUCCGGAAGCUCAAACGGAGUGUAUAGCGUGUCCUGAAUGCCCGCCAGGACUAGGACUUGUGCCACAAUGUGGUUCCAAGAUCACUAACUACACCACUAUUAAAUGCGAACCAUGUCAACUGAAUAAGACAUUUUCAGACAAUCAUGGCUUUGAGAGUUGUAGGUCCUGCCACGACUGUGGCUUAAAGAACGUUAUUCAGCAGUGCACCCCGUCUCAAAAUCGUAAAUGCGGCACCAAGUGCCCUGAAAGACAUUACCUCGACGAAAAUGGUUUCUGUCAAGAGUGCUACUUUUGUUGUCCCAGUGUGGACGAAACAGGUAGAAUGAAGAAAUGUAAAGAAAUUGGAAUGGGAGAAGUUCUGGCAGUGUCUUAAGAACGACCAAAACAAGCUCUGCAAAAGAAGCUUUGGAAAAUUCUACAGAAGCUAGUGUUCAUACAACUAAUGCCACGGCUGUUACUCUUCUUCCUGGUCACAAUUUUGAAGCAAAUGAAACGGAGAGUACUUCUAAUGAUAAUGUCAGGAAACCUACGUCAUCAUCUGAAAAUUUUACAUCAAAUGGAAAUAUAAAACCUUCAGUAAUAGCUGGGAUUAUCAUACUGAUUGCUUUAGUUCUUAUUUUUGCUUUUUAUGGAGUUAAAAGAAUCAUUACAUAUAGGAAUGGUUCAGCACUGUAUUCUGAAG